UUUUUUUUCUUAGAUUCUAACUGAAGCACAAAUUAAGAAGAAAGAAGAAGAAAAUUGUGUUGCUUAUUGUCCAAGUUGGGUUCCAGGCUCUUUCUGCAUGGGAUUCUCUUAACAUAAUUAAUAUAUUCGCUCGGUCAACUCAUACACUACUCGUUUCUCCGUUCACGCAUCUUUCUCGCCUUCUCUCUUUGCAUAUAUUAUAUAUCUUCCUCAGGCUCUUCCAGGUCCUUUCAUGGUUUGUUUUACAAUAAAGAUUUCGACUUCAGAAUUCUAAGAUGAGGAACUCAGCGAAUCAAGUAGUGAUGGAGAUAGAGGCAAGCAAACCAGCACCAACAAGUGGGAUGGUAGUAGGGGGGUUGAGUCCUCUAAGCGAGACUCUGUGGAGGGACAAAUCCAACACAGAGUUCGUGGGGGAUGCGUCGGCGAGACUUACAUGGAACGAUCUGACUGUGAUGGUAACCCUUAGGAAUGGAGAGUCACAAAAGGUUUUGGAGGGACUCACUGGCUAUGCUGAACCAGGAUCACUCACGGCUCUCAUGGGGCCUUCUGGCUCUGGCAAAUCCACUCUUCUUGAUGCUCUCUCUAGUCGCCUUGCUGCCAAUGCUUUCCUUUCUGGGACCAUUCUCCUCAAUGGUCGAAAAACCAAGCUCUCUUUCGGAGCUGCUGCCUAUGUGACACAAGAUGACAACUUGAUUGGUACUCUAACGGUGAGGGAAACGAUCUGGUAUUCAGCUCGACUACGUCUUCCCGAUAAGAUGCCUCGGUCGGAGAAGCGGGCAUUGGUUGAGAGUACUAUAAUAGAGAUGGGUCUUCAAGAUUGUGCAGACACAGUAAUUGGAAAUUGGCAUUUGCGUGGGAUCAGUGGAGGGGAGAAGAGAAGGGUCAGCAUAGCUCUCGAAAUCCUAAUGAGGCCUAGAUUGCUCUUUCUGGAUGAACCAACCAGCGGACUUGACAGUGCUUCGGCUUUCUUUGUAACUCAAACAUUACGCGGGCUGUCUAGAGAUGGAAGGACUGUCAUUGCUUCAAUUCACCAGCCUAGUAGUGAAGUUUUUGAGCUCUUUGAUAGAUUGUACUUGCUUUCAGGAGGCAAAACUGUUUAUUUUGGUCAGGCUUCAGAGGCAUACGAGUUCUUUGCACAAGCUGGUUUUCCCUGCCCUGCCUUGAGGAACCCUUCUGAUCAUUUUCUUAGAUGCAUCAAUUCUGACUUUGACAAAGUAAAGGCUACUUUGAAGGGCUCCAUGAAACUGCGGUUUGAGUCAAGUGAGGAUCCUUUGGACAAGAUAACGACAGCCGAAGCCAUACGAACUCUAGUUGACCACUACCGUACUUCUCAGUACUACUAUGCCGCAAGAGAAAAAGUUGAGGAGAUAUCCAAAGUUAAAGGAACUGUGCUUGAUCCAGGGGGAAGUCAGGCUAGUUUCUUGAGGCAGGCCUUUACUUUAACGAAGCGUUCAUUCAUCAAUAUGUCAAGGGACUUUGGGUAUUACUGGCUUAGGCUUGUGAUUUACAUUGUGGUCACCGUCUGCAUUGGAACUAUCUACUUGAAUGUGGGGACAGGUUACAGUUCAAUUCUGGCGAGAGGUUCUUGUGCUUCCUUUGUCUUUGGUUUUGUCACUUUCAUGUCAAUUGGUGGGUUUCCUUCUUUUGUAGAAGAUAUGAAGGUGUUCCAAAGGGAGAGGUUAAAUGGUCACUAUGGUGUUAUAGCUUUCGUAAUUAGCAACACAAUCUCUGCAAUGCCAUUUCUGAUAAUGAUCACCUUUCUAUCUGGAACCAUUUGUUACUUCAUGGUCCGCCUUCACCCUGGUUUCGAACAUUAUUUAUUCUUCGUACUGUGCCUUUAUGCAAGUGUCACCGUAGUUGAGAGCUUGAUGAUGGCCAUAGCUAGUAUUGUCCCCAACUUCCUCAUGGGUAUCAUCAUCGGAGCUGGAAUUCAGGGAAUAUUCAUGCUAGUGUCUGGAUACUUUAGGCUUCCAAAUGAUAUACCAAAGCCUGUGUGGCGUUAUCCAAUGUCGUACAUUAGCUUCCACUUCUGGGCUCUACAGGGGCAAUAUCAGAAUGAUCUGAGAGGCUUGUGGUUUGACAACCAGACACCGGAUCUUCCCAAGAUUCCUGGUGAGUACAUACUAGAAAAUUUAUUCCAGAUAGAUGUGCACCGAUCAAAAUGGGUGGAUCUCAGUGUCAUCUUCAGCAUGAUUGUGGCCUACCGCAUAAUCUUUUUUAUCAUGAUCAAGAUAAGUGAGGAUGUCACCCCUUGGAUCAGGGGUUAUUUAGCAAGGAGAAGGAUGCAGCAUAAGAAUGGAACUCAAAAUAUAACAGUAGCUCCUGAUGGUCUCACCCAGUCUCCUUCUUUAAGGACUUACGUUGCAAAUCGUCCUGCUGGAACUGGCAAAAGAUAGAUGAAAGAGAGCUAGCAUAUGGUAUUUCACUCUGCAAAUCCAAUGCAACAAAUGCUACGAGAAAUAGAAAUAUAUAAUCCUCUUCUAAUUUCUAGACGUGCUAUGCUUUAAUGAAAUGGAAAUACUUGUACGUUAGGCUUUAUGUUUAAAGAGAUGAUAUUUGCACUAAAAUUAAAAUUAUAUACUAAUCUAUGAAACAAAAGACACAAAAUUCAUUGA